UUUCAGUCUGAGGUAACGACUUCUAUAGUGAGCAUCUGUCAUUCUCAGUGUCGUAAUUUCGCUAGUUUGGUUAAGAAAUAUAAAAUCAUUGCAGUUUAGUUAGAUAUUUAUAAGUGCUUCGAAAUGGGUGGUCACGACAACUGGAACAACGGUCAAAAUGAGGAGCAAGAUGACUUUGCUCAGGACUCCAUCACCGAGCCGGAGCAUAUGCGCAAGCUGUUCAUCGGUGGCUUGGACUACCGCACCACCGACGAGAACCUGAAGGCUCACUUCGAGAAAUGGGGCAACAUCGUGGACGUGGUGGUCAUGAAGGAUCCGCGCACAAAGCGAUCCCGCGGAUUCGGGUUCAUCACCUAUUCCCACUCGAGCAUGAUUGAUGAGGCGCAAAAGUCGCGUCCCCACAAGAUCGACGGUCGAGUGGUGGAGCCCAAGCGCGCUGUUCCCCGCCAGGACAUCGAUUCCCCGAACGCCGGAGCCACCGUAAAGAAGCUCUUUGUUGGCGCCCUCAAGGACGACCAUGAUGAGCAGAGCAUCCGCGACUACUUCCAGAACUUCGGCAACAUCGUCGACAUCAACAUCGUCAUCGACAAGGAGACUGGCAAGAAGCGAGGAUUCGCCUUCGUCGAGUUCGACGACUACGAUCCCGUGGACAAAGUUGUGUUGCAAAAGCAGCAUCAGCUGAAUGGCAAAAUGGUGGACGUGAAGAAGGCCCUGCCCAAGCAGAAUGACCAACAGGGAGGUGGCGGAGGACGCGGUGGUCCGGGAGGUCGUGCCGGUGGACACCGCGGAAACAUGGGCGGUGGAAACUACGGCAACCAGAAUGGUGGCGGCAACUGGAACAACGGUGGCAACAACUGGGGCAACAACCGCGGGGGUAAUGACAACUGGGGCAACAACAACUUCGGUGGCGGUGGCGGCGGUGGUGGUGGUUAUGGCGGUGGCAACAACAGCUGGGGCAAUAACAAUCCGUGGGACAAUGGCAAUGGAGGCGGCAACUUUGGAGGCGGCGGCAAUAACUGGAACAAUGGUGGCAAUGAUUUUGGAGGCUACCAGCAGAACUAUGGCGGCGGUCCUCAGCGCGGUGGCGGCAACUUCAACAACAAUCGCAUGCAGCCCUACCAAGGAGGUGGUGGAUUCAAAGCAGGUGAUAAAGUAAAAAUCGCUCAGUAUAAUCCCAAAAUUCAAAGUCAAGUAAACGAUACGCAAUUCAAUGAUCAAUAUGAAGAAGUAUGAACGCACGUUCAUAGUCCUAAGAAGUUUUCCGAGCACCACAAACCAAACAUUACAGAUUGAUUGAUCAGGAUCAGUGCAGUGCAGUGAAGUCGUAAGAAGUUUGGUUCAGUCUUGGAUUAGAACAGAAAGAGAGAUCAGUACCAAGCAUACCAGACCAAUACAGAGUGCAGUGCAGUGCAGAGCAGUGUGUGAGCUAAACAGAAGAAACACAGCAAGUGGCAAUACACGUACACAGAAGGUGACCAGGAUUCCAUUCAAUUUGUCUUCGCAAGCGGUGAUAAAUUGAAUGUCAAGAGGCGCAUCGAAAACUAUCCAAUACCCACAGAAUUGUAAUCUAUAAUUUGCAACCCACAUGUAGCAAUCCACAUAAGUAACAUUGUAAUUAGAUCCACAAAGCCGACGGCAGGCCAAACAUUUGUAUUUCCACCACACAAGCAACCAACCAAUCAACUUAAAACAACCAGUCAUAAACGAAUCAGCUAUGUAAAUCUUCAAGGCGGCAGCCGAGAGAUAUGUUUCUUUGGUUGCAGACAGCUCUCUAGUCCAUCGGCUGCCGGCAACUUUUGAUAAUCAGAGCAGACAACACAAAAUAUAUAAAAACAUGUAUUACAUUUUACAACUUUACUAGGCUAAGUUCUCAUAGAAUUAAAUCGAGUAGAGCGUGCGGAGCGACUUCUGCAUCCAUCCGCACGCUACCCUAGACUAAAUAAUUUUACUAUUCAAGUUCUAAGCGAACCUGACCGUGUGUGGAGGAACCUAGAUACUUAGAUUUUUGAAUAAGUGUCGACAUGGAUAUAACCUCUUCCGCUGCUUAGAUGUAACCGAUCAACAAACAACCUUUAUUGUAAUUUAUACAUUUUAGCAAGCAGUCUGAGGAGUCAGCGCAAUUAUACUUAACAAAAUUUACAUUUUAAUGUAGCUAAAAAAUACAAGAUGCAAAAAAAAUACGCAUAUGUCCCGCAAUUGAUGUAAACUCUGACGAAAGAACAAAAAGUAUAUAGCAGCUAAGCCAAA